AUGCGCCGCCCAUCACCCCGCAUGGAAGGAGUUGGCUUCCGAGUGGUUUCAAAGCGCCGGCUACCAGAUGGCAGCGCCUGGCUGAAUCAGUAUCGCGUCUGCGAGAAGUUAGCGAGCACUGAACUUUCCAGCGUCUUUCGAGUAGAGGAGACAAACCCUUCCACUGGGGUUGUCACAAGCUUUUGCUGCAAACGAUACCGGAAGAUAUUACUCUUGAGGCGAAGGGAAUAUCGCCCGGGCCCAACUGGGAUGGGCUUUAUGACCAAAUUGGAAGAUGUGAAGGAAGAAGCCCGCAUAUUGGCGCUUCUAGAUCAUCCGCGCUGUCUGAAGCUGAAGGAGAUCCUUGAUUCAAAUCCGGACUCAGCGGAUGGCAAAGUCUAUUUCAUCACAAGUUUUAUGCCAGGGGGGGCGCUGAUGAUCCUUAAGAACUUCCGAGACGAUGAUUUCAAGCGAAAGUGCCUGCUGCAAUGUGACGUGUCAGCCUCGUUGCCAGCGGAAGCCACUCAAGAUACAGUACGAGAGAAAUUCGUUCCACAGCUGAAAACAAUGAGGACUUUUACUGAAGCCCAAGCUAAAUGCUUUAUUCGUGAUGCUGCCGAAGGCUUAGCAUAUUUGCACGAGGACCUUGGAGUUUGCCACAGGGACCUCAAAGUUGACAACCUCCUCCUGGGCGCUGACGGCCGAGUCUGUUUGGGGGAUUUUGGAAGCGCGGAGAAAAUGAGCGCAAAUGGCAAGGUUAGAUACACAAAGGGUACGUACAUGUUCAUGGCUCCUGAGUGCCUCCGCCCGGUAGAAGAGUCCAAAUCAUACGAAGGGCACGAUGGUCGCGCUGCCGAUGCCUGGGCGCUGGGGAUCUGCGCUUAUGUGAUGGUAUUCGGGACUGUCCCAUUUCGCGCGAACUCAAUAGAAGGCCUAUUUGAGGCUAUCGGGGAGGGAAUAGUUAAAAUUCCUGACAAUCCGCCCAUAUCCCCAGAGCUGCGGGAUUUCUUCCGGCGGGUGCUUCAUUCAGAGUGGCAGGACCGUAUAUCUGACCAUCCGUGGCUAACAUCAGCAAACGAAGCAGACGCUGUCGCGUACGCCCAGACGCUUCUUCAGCAACGGGCUGUCGCCAGCAGCUAG